AUGAGGAAGAAGGUAGAUGAUCGCAUCAGGACUUUGAUUGAACAUGGAGUUAAAGCUGGGCAUCGCUCCAUGUUUGUUAUUAUUGGCGACAAGUCCCGGGAUCAGAUUGUAAAUCUUCAUUACAUGCUAAGCAAGUCUGUUGUUAAAGCUCGACCAAGUGUUUUAUGGUGUUACAAGGAAAAAUUAGAGCUCAGCAGUCAUAAGAAAAAACGUGUUAAGCAAGUGAAGAAGAUGAUGCAAAGGGGACUACUUGAUCCCGAAAAGGUUGAUCCUUUUUCUUUAUUUAUUGAGAGCGGAGUGGUCUCUCAUUGCUUGUAUCGCGAUUCAGAGAGGAUACUUGGAAAUACUUAUGGCAUGUGUAUUCUGCAGGAUUUUGAAGCUUUGACGCCAAAUAUCCUUGCAAGAACUAUCGAAACUGUGGAAGGUGGUGGUUUAGUGGUUUUGCUUCUUCGUUCUCUUUCUUCACUUACCAGCCUAUGUACUGUGGUCAUGGAUAAUAAGUCUUUCUCGGAAGCACAAGAAGAGUUGAAGAAGUUGAAGGGACAGCUUCAUGAUGUCUUACCUGUUGGCCCAUUGGUUAGUGCUUGCACGACAUUAGACCAGAUGAUGGCAAGACAUGCGCGUGAGAUUGAGAAAGGAGAAAGCUCUCCAAGUGAAGGGAGUGAAUUGGAUGAACAAAUUCCAAACGAGAUGCACUUGGUAGAGAGAGAUACUGUUGAAGGACUUAAGGACUCGAUUUGGAGUGAUGUAUUGGAGAAACAAGCAUCCAAUGUACUGUCAUUCAUAGGGGAAGAUGUUUCAGAGGAACAUGUUGAAGGUGACAUGAAUCUCACGAAUAACGUUUUAAGUGAAGAAUCUGCCGAGGUUUCUGGGGGGGGAAUGGAUGUGGGGCCUCAUAGCAUUUCGAAUGGUAGGAUAAGUGGUCAUUCAAAAACCCAAAGUACAAUGGUUACUAUAGACCUUAAUGUUGAACCUGUCGUUGGAGAAGGAACUAUUGUGAAUUCAACUACGCCUACCACCUCUUGUCCAGGAAUGUGUUUUGAGUCCGGUCUUGAGUUUAGUGAAUUUUACCAUCGUUAUGCUUACAUGACGGGUUUUGAGUUGUUUGUAAUUGGUAAUAGGAUAAAGAAGGAGUACAAGGAUAAGGGUAUACUGAAACCAAACAAAUACAAUUUCUACGCAAAACCAACAAUGGCUUCGGCCUCACGUCACAAUGGUCACAACUACAACAUUAACAUAGAGCAUUGCUUGCACGCUGGUCACGAGUUCGACACAAUUGACUUGGGUAACGUGGAUAUCUCUGAUGAUCUUCUCUAUGGGAUGGAAAAAUCAGAUCUUUCAUUGUGUCGCUCGAUGCUUGCUCUUGAACAUAAGGAGCACACACAUUUUGACGUGGUAAGAAGCACAGAUCCUACUCUUCGAAAGGCAAUAACACAGAUAAAUAUCUUUAAAGAGCACAGGCAGAUAGUCCAAUACGUUGAACCACAAUACCAUGUGAGGGUUUCGCAAGCAGAUCUCUUGAUCAUUGACGAGGCAGCUGCUAUACCGUUGCCUGUUGUCAAGUCAUUGCUGGGUCCCUACCUAGUUUUCUUAUCAUCUACAGUGAAUGGAUAUGAAGGCACUGGACGCUCUUUGUCCCUGAAGCUUCUCAGUCAUUUGGAAAAGCAGAGUCAUAGCCCUGCGACCGGUGUUAUUUCAGGCCAUUCUGGUAGUAGUUUAUUUACUUUCUGCCGUGGAAUCCUUAAGAAGGAUGUUUUUGUUUUGUAUCUCUUCCCACUUGAAAAACUGUUACUGGGAUGGAUUAAUGUGAUAUGUGAUUCUGCUCUUUUAAUUCUGAAAAAAUAUCUAGGCGUUACUCUUAAGAAUUUACCGUUUUAUUUGAAUGUCACCAGUAAUUUAGACUUGAGUUUUGCAUGCCUUCUUACUUCUUAG